UAGAAUGGCGUCAUCUGUACGCAAAUAGUGCGUGUGAGUGUUGUGGGGCGAUGGGGAGGGCGCGCGCGUAGCCCCCGGCCGCCGGCCGCGCGCCGCUCGGCAUGGAGGAGGACGAGAGGCGGCUCUCGUUCCCGCCGCCGGCGCCGCUCAACUCGCCCGGCGAAGAGAUCGACGGCUCACGGCUGCUGGGCGAGAUCGUGCGCACGCUAGAGGCGACCAAUCCGGAGGCAGCUGCGCCGCUUGUCGCCUCGCAGUCGCGCGAUGCACUCGACACGGAAUGCGAGAAGCCGCGCCGCGAGGAGCUGCGGAUCCCGCUCGAGGGUGUCACAUUCUCCAGCGAGACGAGCGGCGGAGGACGCGACGAGCCGCGCGCCGCGGUGACGCCGUUCACGCGCGAGUCCGCUCGGCGCGCCGGCACGCGCGGCGCCCAGCUCGUGCGCGAGUUCGGGUUCAUGCCGCGGCGCCGGCUCAGCGUCGAGGACGGCGCGCGUCUCCCGCGCAAGUACGAGCCCUUCCCGCCGAAGCUCUACGGGCGCCCGCUCGAGGAGAUCGACAAUUUCAUUUACGAUGAGACGUUCUGUGUGGUGUCGAAACGAUUCCGCAAGAACUACAUCCAUCGGUUUACAGCGACGCGGUCGUUGUUCUGGUGGUCGCCGUGGUCGCCCGUCCGCCGCGCGUGCGUCUACCUGUCCACCAAUCAGUAUUUCGAUUACUUCGUCAUGGCAACCAUCCUACUCAACUGUGUCUUCCUCGCCAUGUCGGAAACUAUCGAAGAGGCUGAGUACAUAUUUCUCGCGAUCUACACGGCGGAGAUGAUAAUAAAAUGCAUAGCUAAGGGUUUCAUACUGAACAAAUACACCUACUUGCGGAACCCUUGGAACUGGCUUGACUUCGUUGUGAUCACGUCAGGGUACGCCACGAUCGGCAUGGAGGUCGGCAAUCUCGCCGGCCUGAGAACAUUCAGGGUCCUGAGGGCGUUGAAAACUGUUUCUAUUAUGCCUGGUUUGAAAACCAUUAUAAACGCGUUGCUCCAUUCCUUCAAGCAGCUGGCUGAGGUCAUGACCCUAACUAUCUUCUGUCUGAUGGUGUUCGCGUUGUUUGCGCUGCAAGUUUACAUGGGAGAGUUGAGGAAUAAGUGUGUGAAGAACCUGGUUAUACCGACAGGGGAAAAUUUUACGGAUGAAGUUUGGGCGGCAUGGAUAAAAGACUCGUCAAACUGGAUGCUAGAUGAGGAAGAAGUGCCUAUACUCUGUGGUAAUCUCACGGGAGCGAGACACUGUCCGCCGCAGUUCACGUGCCUUUGCGUCGGCCCCAACCCCAAUCACGGGUACACCAACUUCGACAACUUUCUGUGGUCCAUGCUCACCACGUUUCAACUUAUCACGCUGGAUUAUUGGGAGAACGUGUAUAAUAUGGUGCUAUCAUCUUGUGGUCCUAUGUCGGUAUCUUUCUUCACUGUGGUGGUGUUCUUCGGCUCCUUCUACCUGAUCAACCUGAUGCUGGCUGUGGUGGCGCUCAGCUACGAGGAAGAGUCGCAGAUCACGCAGGAGGAAAGAAAAAAAGACCUUAACGAGCACCGUGACGAUUCAACCUUCAGCUUUGACCCCACUUCGCUGGCUGUGCGCACGCUCGCCAAAGACUCUAAGAAGCGGAUCGACGCUCGCAAGGGUCUUCUCUUAGCCUCAUACUCUAGGAAGCGAACCAGGAGACGCAAACGGGGACGCAGUGCUAUUCAUCAUGUUGCGGCCGUGGCUGCUGUUGCGGAACGGUCUCGGUCUCGGUCCCGGUCUCGGUCGGUGACUCCGAGCACGUCGCCGCCGCCGCUGCCCGCGUUGCCGCCGCCCCCGCCCCCGCCGCACACCUUGCACCCCGACAACGCAUUAGGUCGCGGCAUAUUAAGCGCCGCUGGUCGUCAGCUAAGCGACCACAGCAACAACCGCGAGUCCUCCCUUGACGACUCCGGCGUGGUGGACGACCACGACGACGGUGAGCAUACAUCCGACGACCAAGCGCCACAUCCGCAUCCGCGUCGAACUCAUCUCCUGCCUCCACCACCGCCGCAUCCGCCGACGCCGAUGCCAAUGCCUCAAAUACAGCAUAUACAAGAAACACAAACGGAAGAGAAAAAACCAAAGCCGCCUAAAAUAGAAAAGCAAAAGGAGAAGCCGAAAAAAUCAGAGAAGGGCAGCAUACAAGAGAAAUAUCCACUUAACCCAGACUACCUCAAUCAGAUCGUGGUGCUAGGGGCGGACUGGCCAUACAAGCGCGCGCCCGACCUCCCGCAAGCGGAGACGACGAAAAUUAAUGAGCUCAGUUUAUUGGCAGCAACGCACAAAACUCAUAUGGGCAAUUACGAGCAAAAUUGCACUUACUUCACAGAUGAACUCGUGGACAGAAAUUGCGAGUGUUGCGUCACAUGUUGCAUAGACUAUGAGGGCUGGCUUCAAUUCCAGAACUGCUUGUAUGGAAUCGUCAAGGACCCGUUAUUUGAGUUGUUUAUCACGACAUGCAUCGUUUUGAACACUCUCUUCCUCGCCUUAGAACAUCAUGGUAUGAGCGAGAACGUUAGACAAGCUUUAGACAUAGGAAAUAAGGUAUUUACGUCAAUAUUUACCCUUGAGUGUAUAAUGAAAGUAAUGGCGAUGAGCAAAGAUUUCUUUGCCUGUGGAUGGAACAUAUUCGACUUAAUUAUAGUGUCGGCGAGUCUUCUGGACCUCAUAUUCGAGCUGGUUGACGGCCUAUCUGUCUUGAGAGGCCUUCGGUUGUUGCGAGUGUUAAAGCUAGCUCAGUCAUGGACUACAAUGAAAGUGUUGUUGAGUAUUAUUAUAUCGACUAUCGGUGCUCUCGGUAAUUUGACGUUCGUGUUAGUGAUAGUUAUAUAUAUUUUCGCUGUCAUCGGCAUGCAGUUGUUCUCUAAGUCUUACACACCUGAUAAGUUCGACCCAGACCCUGUGCCUAGGUGGAACUUCAACGAUUUCUUCCAUUCGUUCAUGAUGAUAUUCCGGAUCCUGUGCGGUGAGUGGAUCGAGCCGCUAUGGGACUGCAUGCGAGCGGAGCAGGCCAGCGGCGCCGAGAGCUGUUUCUUCAUAUUCCUACCCGCGCUCGUUAUGGGGAAUUUCAUGGUGCUCAACCUCUUCCUUGCCUUGCUGCUCAAUAGCUUUAACAGUGAAGAACUUAAAAAUAAAAAGGAGGAAGUUGGCGAAGACUCAAAAUUAGCUAAAAGCUUCGAUAGAAUACGUUCUAUAGUAAGAAAAAAAGGUUUCCUUAUAUCUAGAAGCAAAGAGACUGAAAAAAAAUCUAAGUUAGAAGAGCUAGUUAAUGAAUUUAUGUUACAACAACGCGCCCUGAAAGAGAAGAAGGCGUCGAUACCCAGCGAGCAGAGAUACUCGUCUUCAAUACAGGAAACCAUACUGUUUCCACAUGACAAUAUUUAUAGCCAUAGUUAUCAGGAAGCGUUAAAUAGACCGAUAUCAGUAGGAUCAGAGUUCGCCUAUCCUCAACUUUAUCAAGCAGGAAAUAAUUUAAAUCAUGGUAGUCAAGAAACGUUGAAAGACGUGAGAGAUUUAGCUGCAGAACAUAAAAUAACUAGUAUAAGAGAAGAUUCUAAAGAAAAUCUUGAAGACACUUCGCCUACAGAACAAGUUGCAGCUCAAAAACUGCUGAACCAAAUGUCUUCGGGGUAUCACACACAGCCUUCAGACUCGCGAGAUGAAACCGAGCAUUAUGAAAUGGCACAGCUCUCGAGUAAAACUACCCCGGAGAAAACUAGAAGGCAAACAAGGGAGCCACCAAAUAUUCUAUGUGGAAGGAAAAACUCCAAGGGUCAAUACAUUGAUGCGAUGGGGAAAUUUCCAGGAUUUGGUAAAAGGAAGGAACCGAAAGUACCUCAAGAUUGUUUUCCUCGUCAAUGCUACGAUAUGAGCUCGUGCUGGGAUUCGUGUAUACGGACAAAAUUGGGCCAACGUUGGAUGCUAAUUCGCACUUUCGUUUUGCGAUAUGUUGACACUCCAGCCUUCGAGUGGUUUGUUUUGGUCCUAAUAUUCGCGUCCAGUAUUACUCUGUGCUUUGAAGACAUCCAUCUAGAGAAGAACAAGCCUCUGAAAAAGAUCCUCUACUGGACCAAUUUGGGGUUCUGCAUGAUCUUCAUAAUAGAGAUGUUUCUCAAGUGGAUAGCAUUGGGAUUCUUCAGAUACUUUACGAGUUUCUGGACGUUGUUAGAUUUUACUAUAGUUUUUGUGUCAGUGUUUAGUUUAUUAAUAGAAGAGAAUGAAAAUUUAAAAGUGUUAAGAUCGUUAAGGACUUUGCGUGCGUUACGACCACUGCGUGCGAUAUCGAGGUGGCAAGGCAUGCGUAUUGUUGUGAACGCUCUGAUGUACGCAAUCCCUAGUAUAUUUAACGUGUUGCUAGUCUGUUUAGUGUUUUGGUUAAUUUUUUCCAUAAUGGGAGUACAAUUUUUCGGUGGAAAGUUUUACAAAUGUGUGGACGGCGAUGGAGAACUGCUACCCUUAGAGAUAGUAAAUGACAAGUGGGAGUGUAACUACAAUAACUUCUCGUGGGUGAAUUCAAAGAUUUCGUUUGACCACGUCGGUAUAGCGUACCUGGCAUUAUUUCAAGUGGCCACAUUCGAAGGUUGGAUGGAAGUGAUGGCCGACGCAGUGGACGCUAGAGGCGUGGACUUGCAACCAGCACGAGAAGCAAACCUCUACGCUUAUAUCUACUUUGUUAUAUUUAUCGUAUGCGGAUCAUUCUUCACAUUAAAUCUAUUCAUAGGAGUAAUCAUAGAUAAUUUUAAUAUGCUCAAGAAAAAAUACGAAGGUGGUGUAUUAGAGAUGUUCCUUACGGAAAGCCAAAAGCAUUAUUACACAGCUAUGAAGAAACUCGGCAGAAAAAAGCCCCAAAAAGUGAUAAAGAGGCCGAGGAAUCAGUUUCUCGCUAUGUUCUACGAUUUGUCGAACUCGCGUCGUUUCGAGAUAGCAAUAUUCGUUUUAAUAUUUUUAAAUAUGCUCACGAUGGGCAUCGAGCAUUAUGAUCAACCGCAUUCAGUUUUCUUUAUUCUAGAAGUUAGUAAUGCGUUCUUUACUACCGUCUUCGGUUUAGAAGCAAUAGUGAAAAUCAUCGGGCUAAGGUACCACUAUUUCACGGUGCCUUGGAACGUUUUUGAUUUUUUGUUGGUACUAGCGUCAAUUUUGGGCAUAGUCAUGGAAGACAUCAUGAUUGACCUGCCCAUAUCACCGACUCUGCUACGAGUGGUUCGAGUGUUUCGUAUAGGGAGAAUUUUAAGACUGAUUAAAGCCGCUAAGGGCAUUAGAAAAUUGCUAUUCGCACUAGUAGUGUCUCUACCAGCUCUGUUCAACAUCGGGGCCUUGCUAGCCCUGAUCACUUUUAUAUACGCCAUCAUCGGCAUGUCCGUAUUUGGCCAUGUCAAAGAACAAGGAGCGCUGGACGACUUAGUCAACUUUCAAACAUUUGGGAGAAGUAUGCAGUUGCUUUUUCGUCUUAUGACGUCAGCUGGCUGGAAUGACGUCCUCGAAUCUCUGAUGAUCCAGCCUCCGGAAUGUGAGCCAGGGGACCAUGGCCAUACCAACGGCAACUGCGGCAGCCCGUUACUAGCCAUCACAUACUUUACUUCCUUCAUCAUCAUCAGUUACAUGAUCGUCAUCAAUAUGUACAUAGCCAUCAUCCUCGAGAACUUCAACCAAGCACAUCAAGAGGAAGAGAUUGGCAUCGUUGAGGAUGAUCUAGAGAUGUUCUAUAUCAGAUGGUCAAAGUACGACCCGCACGCAACACAAUUCAUAAGUUUCGCGCAACUGUCAGAUUUCAUAGCAUCCUUAGAUCCCCCGCUAGGUAUAUCUAAGCCCAACACAGUUGCUCUAGUCAGUUUUAAUCUUCCUAUCGCGAAAGGAAACAAAAUCCACUGUUUAGACAUCCUUCACGCUCUAGUGAAACAUGUAUUAGGACAUGUAGAAGAAACUGAAACAUUCAGACAACUACAAGAACAAAUGGAUAUAAAAUUCAAGAAGCAGUUUCCGACGAGGAAAGAAUUGGAAAUUGUUUCUUCUACUAGAAUAUGGAAAAGGGAGGAUAAAGCUGCGAGGACGGUACAGCGUGCUUGGAGGGAGUACGUCAAACGGAAAAAUCGCAGCCCCUCAAACGAAGAAGAGAGCACUAAAUGGUCACCAGGAGGCGGAUGGGGUGGGCGCCUCAGCGCCUUAUUGCAUGUUCGCAGGGGAUCGCACGCGUCCAGUAGGAAAUCAUCUCGGGCCUCUGACGCCUCAGACCUCAGCGACUUGGGAGGAGCAUGGCUCAACCUGCCACUGCUUUUAUUGCCAGGUGCUGCUCCUGGUGAACAGAUGGCGACUGGGUCAGAGUCCGCGCCACCGAGACGGAGGUCCGCGUACGGUUUGCCCAUAUUUCUUCGCCAUCAGGACGCAAUGGACGAGGAUGUAGGGCCGAAACGAGCAGGUUCCCUUCGUCUGACGUCACGGCGAAAUUCGGCCCGACGGCCCACCCCGCCGGCACGCGCCCGCACUCCUUCCCCACACGCUAACAGCGAGGUAAGCAUACUAGUGACUGAAGCGUCACCGGACGCGGCGCCGCCCCCUCCCGCGCCGCCGACAGUCGUCAGGGUCCUGGUGCACAGGGAGAGCGACGAGCAACCCAGCUGAUCCACGACUGACGAGCUCGUCGAGGCUCAGUCCAACGAACUUUAAAUGACUAUCAAACGCUUACCGCACGGCUGUUAUCGUCCUUGUGUGCGUGCAACACGAUAUUGGCGUUCGGUGGCGCCAAUUGAAUUGUGAUUUUAAUUAAGCCACCAUUGUUUAAAUCGAGAUGAACUGUCACAAUCGUGUAUAUACAAUUAUUAGUUUAGUGAGCGACGGAGAAAAUCCUAGUGAAAAAGGAAACCCGUGCCUAUUUAUCUCGAUUCGUAUGUUAGUUAAUAAUCUUCAGAUACAAUAACCGGGAACUUCCAAUGUUGUUGCAAUAAGAUUUUUAUCAAAUUUCGUCGAUUCAGAUAAGCUUAAUAUGAAAAAAAUGUAAGAAAAUUAAACACGCUGUUAGUUCUUGCAAGAAAUUUUGUAGCGUUACACUUUAUUAGAUAAUGCUGAUGUCGAUUCUUAGAUCAUAGAAAGGUAAACUUUACAAUAAGAGGCUCAAUUAAAAUAAAUUUCUUAAUAUUAUAAUCAUUACACAUUCUUUGAAAAAUCGAUUCACUGAAAUCGAUGUUUAUAGUUAUCGAUAUCAGAAUAAAUCGUUUAUCUUUCUAUGAUUCGGAACUGAAAGAUUGCCAUUUCAAUUCGUUUGUAUAAGUAGUUCCGCUAUUUAAGACCAGUCUCCAAAAAAUGGUUGUAAAUGAAGUUGUUAUUGUAAAUAGUACGCAUAAUAAACGACUGAUAGUGUUGCACCAUGUCGAACUUGUUUAAUUAACAAAAAAUGUAAGCGAAAUAUUAGAGAGAGUGUAAUAGGGAACGGCGAGAAUUCAUUGAGUAACAUAUAAUUUAUAAUAAUUAUUGAGAAUGUGCCGAGUAAAAUCCCUAGACAAAUACUUAAGGUUCUUAAGAUAUUGCGUUUUUUUUAAGAUUUAUAUUUUUUCAAAUACUGAAGUACUGGUUAUUCAUUAAAAAUAUAUUUGCUUUGGUAUAGUUUUGUUGCUCGAUAAGUGAAUAUAAUUACAGUCAAAAAGCACACAUAUAUUCGUCCCCAAUUCGCCUAUAGAUAUAUAGAACGUCAUAAUAUUUUUAAAUUAGUAAUUUAAUAUUUGUUGAAAAAGAAAAACUGAAUAUUAGUUAAUUUAUUUUAACUCUAACUCCAAUUAAAUGUUUUGCUUUUUAAAAAGGAUCACUCGGCACGUGAGUCUAAUUUUCAAAAUCUAGAAAUUACCUUAUUAAAAAUAGCAGGACACAUUUUGUAACAUACGAUAGAUUAAAUACAACAUGUUGUUAAACUUAUGAAUAUGACAAAUUACGUAUAAAUUGUUUGAACUUAUUCUAAAUGAAAUAGAGUCACGAAAUUGCUCCAAAUAGUAUACAAUAAGAGGACAUAUGUAAUUUUCUUCUAUAUAAAAUUAAGAAAUUAAUGCAAAUUUAUAUGCAUACAAUAAACGGUAGACAUUUAAGAUAUAUAUUUAUAAUGAACCACUGUUAACGAAAGAGUCAAUUUAGAAGAAAAACCUUUUUGAAAUCAUUAAAGGUAGUGUCUAGAUUUUUUUAAACAUAGUGCCUCCCAAGUUAACUAAGGAUUACGUCUGAGUAAAACACGGUAUUUUUAAUCGCAUAAAUUAUAAAAAAAUCACGUUAUCAGUUUAAUAGAAAAUUAGUAGUCGUAUAUUUUACUGCUGUGGCUUCUUGCAAAAAAACAUACACUUAAUUCUUUACAGUACACGAGCCUUGAAGCUAUUUCAAAGCAUACAUUUGGGUGAGGUUUACGGCAAACUACACAAAUAUUCUACAAAAUCAUUAGAGUUUAAUUUACGACACUUUCAUUAACUUUAAUAAUCAACGUACAAACACAUUUCUAGAACAAUUUUGUAACGUUUAGAUUGUAUUAAUUAAAUUUGUUAUGCUUGACGCUUGCUGAUUUUUUCGGCAUUUCAAUUUCUUACGAAUUGGAAAUCUCAAUAGCUUAAAUGAAAUGUAGAGAAUUAUAUGAAAAUAGAAAAAAAAUAUGCGCAUAAAUUCGCUAUGUUGAUUCGCACAAAUGUCAGUAGUACCAUAGAUAAGUUGUAAAAAUGAUACAAAAUAACUACUGUUAAUUAUAAAUUCAGUUACAAAAGACAAUAUUUUACCAACUAUAGAUGUGUAUAAUUUUCAUGCUACGGCUUAUUGGCCUUUAGCUGACAUCAAAGCGAAUUUUGCUGUUAAUGUUUUUUGUAUCCCUUUAUAUAAGUUCAUUUACGCUAGUGCCAUAUUUUCGAUUUAGCCCGUCCAUGAUUAUUUUUAUAUCCUUAGCUGCCGCGGGUAGCUGGUAACGCAGGCGUAGACGCACUAAGUGCUUGUUAUUCACCGAAGACGAGCGGAGUUGAAGCGAAGACUCUAAGCACAUUUGCAUACGAUUGGUAUUCUUUUAUCAAAAAAAAACAUAAGGCCCUGCGUCCAUUAGCGGGACGAUUUGGCAGGGGAUUAAAAAAAAACAACCAUAAUGCUCUGCGUCCAUUAGCGAGACAACUCAGCAAGGAUUUAUGUCACGAAUAGUUAUAUUGGUUAAAACUAGGUUAAAAAUUGGAGAACAUUACAUUUAAACUUUCGUUGUAACUACAAAAUAAAUAAGUAUGCUUGAGGAUACCGAUAAAAUUCAUAAUUACCACGACAAAGGAUUCCUUACUAUACCGACCCAGUAGACGACGCCGGGUCUACAUUACUAAACUGGUCCUUUACGAGUACUUAAUGCAUAACCGCCGCCACUCCGUACGUCAUCGUGGAACCUAAAUUGUUUUUUACUCGUAUGUCUAGACAAUUCGUUUUAAUUCAUAAAAUAGCGUUGCAUAGCUUUUUAAGAAUUUUAAAAUUCAUUAGAAAUAUACCUCAACCUUUAAAUUUCUAAUCCAAUAACAUCUCAAUUUAGCAAGGACCAAGAACGUCUAUUACUUUAAAAUUUUAUCUCGAUUUACUAAUGAAUCUUGACCAAGACCCUUUUGAAUUUCUUUGUACGUAGUUUUUCGAGGGCUAUAUUGAAUUCUAGUGUUAGACGCCGACACAUUGUGCCACUUCGCUUUAUAAAAACAAAAAUUUACACGACUUGCUUACGACUAUGUCCUUUCUUACUUCAAUACCUAACAAUCCACACUAACGUUUUGAAUUUUAAAAUGGGAAAGCGUAAAGUUCUAAUAAAUUAGAUAUUUUAGAGUUCAUUACUAUGUAAAUAGGAGGGGGAAAAGGGAACGCAAUAAUUUUUCAUAAUUCUCUAGCGUUAUAUAUUCAAGAGGUCGUAAGAGUUAAUUUUUAUUUAAUGUACUAUGUACAUGUAAAACUAUUGUAGUUAGUGAAAUUGCAAUAUUACUGGUAAGGACAAACAUCAUCCACGUACGCAGCCUACGCCACUUAUUAAAGAAAUCCGGUAACUUCAUUACAUGAAAACCUAAGGCAAAAAUAUAGUCAGAGGGCCUUAUUCCGUCUACGGGGGCUAGUCCGUCUUUUUACAAUUAACGGCGUUCUAUUUGAAGAUCAGCUUUGAUAGCCGUUUAGGUAAAUAGGGGAUUAUUUAACUAUUUUACCUGUAUGGUUAUAAAGCUAUCCUUCGAUUAAAACACCCGUAAUUGCAAAAAGACGGACUAGCCCUCAUAGACGGAAUAGGGCAAACCUAACCAAUCUACUUAUAGUAUGACUUGAGAUUCUGUUGCAUAUGAUAAGUAUAUUCCUUACUUAUAAGUUUUGAUGUAAUUAAAGGAUGUAAAUGUUGUUGCAUACGUUGCGUACGUGGUACAAAUAUGUCCUCACCUUAAGCAUGUGUUGAAAACUGUUCGAUUUAUGUAAUAUAUGUUCGGAUUUGUAUAAUAUGUAAAUAAACAUUUUAAGUGAGACCUGCGAAAUAUGAUUUCCUUCCGAGGUACAAAAUAUAAACUAACCAUGUUGACAACUAUGAUUAAACGAAAAUAUAGAAAA